AAACCUCUGUCUCCGUCGCCCCCACAAGAGAGCCUUUCCCGAGGGUCAUUUGCAAGCCUUUUUCUUCAUCCACAAACCCGCAGUUCUCCACUGACCCCAGCUGUCCUGUAAAGCCUACUUCGAUGGCCCAUCUAGAUCACGGACCACCAUCCCCCUCCCAGCCCCCUCACCGGGCUGGAAGGUGGCAACCGCGGAAAAACAGGGCCACUCUCCUCGACGGGGCUUCGGGUGACAUCACAUCCUCCGAACGCGAAAUCUGGCUCCUCGGCCGGCCGGCGAAGGGCGCAACUUCCCCCCUCGGGGUCCCACCAGCUCCUGCGCGCGUCCGCUCGUGUCACUCAGCGCCGAGUGCGCCAUGGCCUCUCCGGUGACUGCCCAGCUCCUGCCGCUGGCCUUGCUGCUUCAUGCCGCCGCAGCCGCCGGGCCGAGCCCGUUCCGCUUAUCGCCCGGGAAGGUGGAGGGCAGGCUCGGCCAGCGGGUGGAGCUGCAGUGCGAGGUGCUGCUGUCCAGCGCGGCGCCGGGCUGCACCUGGCUCUUCCAGAAGAACGAACCUGCCGCCCGCCCCAUCUUCCUGGCGUACCUCUCCAGAAGCCGAACCAAGUUGGCCGAGGGGCUGGACCCCAAACAGAUCUCGGGCCAGAGGAUUCAGGACACCCUCUACAGUCUCACCCUGCACAGAUUCCGCAAGGAGGAAGAAGGCUACUAUUUCUGCUCGGUCGUGAGCAACUCCGUUCUGUACUUCAGCGCCUUCGUCCCGGUCUUCCUGCCAGGUCCGAGCGCCCAGGGCGCGGCACCUCUCGUCAAGCCCACCACUACGCCGGCGCCGCGACCGCCCACUCAGGCGCCCAUCACCACGUCGCAGCGGGUGUCUCUGCGCCCGGGGACCUGCCAGCCUUCAGCGGGCAGCACAGUGGAAGCAAGUGGGCUGGACUUGUCCUGUGACAUCUACAUCUGGGCACCCCUGGCUGGGACCUGCGCCUUCCUUCUCCUGUCGCUGGUCAUCACCGUCAUCUGCAGCCACAGGAACCGAAGACGUGUUUGCAAAUGUCCGAGGGCCUGGAUUUAUGACCAAGGACUGGAAUGGAAGAAAAGGGAACCAGAGGCAGGGGCAGUUAACUAUCUGGCAGCUCAAGUGACUCCCUGAUCCAAUUCCAGGCUGUGAUCAUUCUGAAAUGAUCAGGAAAAAAACAAAAACAAAGACCAGUGUCUGGAAGAGAGGUCUCCGUCUCCACUGUCCUUUGAACUUAGGCUGAGGCAGCCCUGCCCUAACAUCUCACUGGCACCACUGGAGCCCUGCACUGUGGUGGGGCUACACUCAGGAUCUCUCUUAUCCACACAGCAACCCCAUGUGAGAGAUACCACAGUCCCAUCUCACAGAUUAGCAGCUCAGUUCAAGAAACCCACCAAAGACGGCAGAGACAUGACACCCAGAUUAUCGAUAAUAAUAAACCACUUGAUAAAGCCUGCAGAGUCCCAGCUACUAGCCAUAUAUAUACAUAUAUAUAUUAAUUUCAAGUUUCAUAACAAUUUUACAAGUAGUUACCAUGACCACCAUUUUUCAGAUGAGGAAACUAAUGGGUAGGACAUUUAGUGACUUGUCCAAGGCCAUACAAUCAGCAGGUAGCAGAGCUGCGAUGUCUAUCCAAAACUCAGGCUGCUUCCUACGAUUGGGGGGUUGGGGGAUGGGGUUGUUUAAGGAUAACAUGUAAGAAUUAUAUUCACUGGUUUCUUUCAGUAGAUAAAAAUAUUUCAAGGUUUGUUUUUUAAGUUUGAGAGAGAGAUAGCAUGGGCGCAUGCACACACACACACACACACACACACACACACAUACACACAAGCAGGGGAGGGGCAGAGAGAAGGGAGAGACAGAAUCCCAAGCAGGCUUUGCACCAUCAGUGCAGAGCCCGAUGUGGGGCUUGAACUCACCAACUGUGAGAUUAUGACCUAAGCUGAGAUCAAGACUCUGACACUUAACGGAGUCAUUAAUUUUUGAGGCGCCCCCAAAUUAUUUCAAGUUUCAUUCCUAGGGUUUGCAUUUCACACUCCUUGAUAUUUCCCUGCAGGAAGUCAACUUCACUAUCGCAUAUAUCUUUAUAUAUAUAUAUAUAUAUAUAUAUAUAUAUGUAACCGUGGAAAUGUAAUGAAUUUCCAAUGCCUGUUUUAAAUGCU